AGUGUAAUGUGUGUGCUGUUGAAAUGACCGUUUCACUUGCGAAAUCGAAGGGCAAAAAGGAAAAGAACAGUGAAGAAUUUUUAAAUAAGUCUCAGUUCUCAAAUUCAAAUACGAGGCAAUGCAACGUUUUGUGAAAGUCUUAGAAUUACGGACCAAAAAUGUGAUGCCAUGGAGAGCAGCAAGCCUGGUCCAGUGCAGGUUGUUUUGGUUCAGAAAGAUCAACAUUCCUUUGAGCUAGAUGAGAAAGCCUUGGCCAGCAUCCUCUUGCAGGACCACAUCCGAGAUCUUGAUGUGGUGGUGGUUUCAGUGGCUGGUGCCUUCCGAAAGGGCAAGUCCUUCAUUCUGGAUUUUAUGCUACGAUACUUAUAUUCUCAGAAGGAAAGUGGCCAUUCAAAUUGGUUGGGUGACCCAGAAGAACCGUUAACAGGAUUUUCAUGGAGAGGGGGAUCUGAUCCGGAAACCACUGGGAUUCAGAUCUGGAGUGAAGUUUUCACUGUGGAGAAGCCAGGUGGGAAGAAGGUUGCAGUUGUUCUGAUGGAUACCCAGGGGGCAUUUGACAGUCAGUCAACUGUGAAAGACUGUGCUACCAUCUUUGCUCUAAGCACUAUGACUAGUUCUGUUCAGAUUUAUAAUUUAUCCCAGAACAUUCAAGAAGAUGAUCUUCAACAGCUGCAGCUCUUCACAGAAUACGGUCGUCUGGCAAUGGAUGAAAUUUUCCAAAAGCCUUUCCAGACACUGAUGUUUUUGGUUAGAGAUUGGAGUUUCCCUUAUGAAUACAGCUACGGACUCCAAGGAGGGAUGGCAUUUUUGGAUAAGCGUUUACAGGUGAAGGAACAUCAACAUGAAGAAAUUCAGAAUGUUCGAAAUCACAUUCACUCAUGUUUCUCUGAUGUCACCUGCUUUCUCUUACCACAUCCAGGACUCCAGGUGGCCACAAGCCCUGACUUUGAUGGGAAAUUAAAAGAUAUUGCUGGUGAAUUCAAAGAGCAGUUACAGGUACUGAUACCGUAUGUAUUAAACCCAUCUAAGUUAAUGGAAAAGGAGAUCAAUGGCUCAAAGGUCACCUGUCGGGGACUACUGGAGUAUUUUAAGGCAUAUAUUAAAAUUUAUCAAGGAGAAGAUCUGCCUCACCCCAAGUCCAUGCUUCAGGCCACUGCUGAAGCCAACAACUUAGCAGCUGCAGCCUCUGCCAAGGACAUUUAUUAUAACAACAUGGAAGAGGUUUGUGGGGGAGAGAAACCUUAUUUGUCCCCAGACAUUCUAGAGGAGAAGCACUGUGAAUUCAAACAACUUGCUCUGGACCAUUUUAAGAAGACCAAGAAGAUGGGUGGGAAGGAUUUCAGCUUUCGUUACCAGCAGGAGCUGGAGGAGGAAAUCAAGGAAUUAUAUGAGAACUUCUGCAAGCACAAUGGUAGCAAGAACGUCUUCAGCACCUUCCGAACCCCUGCAGUGCUGUUCACGGGCAUUGUAGCUUUGUACAUAGCCUCAGGCCUCACUGGCUUCAUAGGUCUUGAGGUUGUAGCCCAGUUGUUCAACUGUAUGGUUGGACUACUGUUAAUAGCGCUCCUCACCUGGGGCUACAUCAGGUAUUCUGGUCAAUAUCGUGAGCUGGGCGGAGCUAUUGAUUUUGGUGCCGCAUAUGUGUUGGAGCAGGCUUCUUCUCAUAUCGGUAAUUCCACUCAGGCCACCGUGAGGGAUGCAGUUGUUGGAAGACCACCCCAGGUUAAAAAAGCUCAAUAGCAUCUUAACAUGAAGAUCAAACAAAAAAAAAUGAACCCCUACUGAUUUCUGGGUUUCUGCCACGGCCACAGGUUCAUAUCUAGAGGAAUGGCAGAUCUGAGACCAUCCAGGAAGAGCUAAAACAUGGCCCUGUAAUAAAUGAGCAGACCUCUCCUGUGGUUUCUGAUUAUUAAACACACUUCCAUUUCUCUUGGAA